UUAUACUGUCAGUCAAUCCAUAAAACUUCAACUCUAUAAAUAAAAUAAGUAUGAUUCUACUUUCUAGCAUUGAGCUGUAAAAACAUAUGUUCUAGGGUUAAGGUUGGCUUAAAAAAUCAAGAAACAAGAUCUCUAUAUAAGCCCAAGAUUUAGCUUCUACAAAGCAUCUACCAUUAGUCGUCUUCUUCUUCUUUUUUAAGAUCACUGAGAAAAUUAAAGAUGAGAAAAAUUCAAGUGGUUGUGAAGAGAGACGACGACUCAGCCUCAUCACAAAGCUCUACGAAUUCAGCCUUUACGGUGAGGAGAGUGAGAUAUAAAGAAUGCCAGAAGAAUCAUGCCGCUAGCGUUGGAGGUUAUGCAGUUGAUGGGUGCCGGGAGUUUAUGCCUAGUGGUGACGAAGGAACAGACAGCGCAUUUAUUUGCGCUGCCUGUGGCUGUCACCGCAAUUUCCACCGAAGAGAAGUGGAAACUGAAGUUGCCACUAAUUCUUCUUCCUCUUCUUCUUCCCCUUAAUUACAUACAUCUUCCUAUACCACAUACAGUGAGGUUUUCUACUAUUAUAAUUUGGGAUUUAUUUAAUUCAUUUCCACUGAAAGUGUAACGAAUUUUUCUAUGAUUAGUGUAUUUUUGCGCAUUAUAUCGAGUA